UCUGGGCUGUGAGGAGGAGGAGGAGGAGGAAAGAAAAGGGAAGAGUAGCUGUAGAAAGCUGCCUGUGGACGCUGGACCAGAGAAGAGAUGACAAACAACAACAACAACAAUAUUCACCUUCCAUCUGCCUGCUGCAGCUCUCUGACAUAGCAUACAUUAAUCCCUCACAGUCUGAACCAACCGGAUCUUCCUCUGUUUGUUUCUCUUCUUCUGCAACUUGUUGGGAACUUUUUGUUUUCUUUGCCGCAGUUGGAUGUUUGGAGUUUCCAGUCUGACUGCAUUACAACUGUCAGCCGCAUAAAGAAGAGCAAGAGGAGUGUGUGAAAGAGUGUGUGUGUGUGUGUGGAGGACAUCAUGGAGAUCCUGGACAGUAGUGAACCGUUUCUACACUGGGACCGGAACCUGAGCGAGCUGUCUGAGGCUGGGGAGAUCGACUGUGUGCUCUACACCAAUCACUUCUCCGAGCUCCUCGACGACCUGUCCCAGGAUGCUUUGCUGGGCCAGCUGCUCAGCGACCCCUUCCUGUCUGGGGUGAGAGGCGGAGUGGAAGCCAUGGAGGGCGAGGACGGAGGCGACCUGUCCCCCUCGUCCCCUCUGCCCCCGCACAUCACGGCCGAGCACAGCUACUCGCUCUGCGGGGACAGCCGGCCACAGUCACCCCUGUCACACCUGACAGGAGAGCAGGGCAGCGACGCAGCAGAGUCUGACGGAGAUUCAGCCGACUGGCCCAUGGAGCAGGACGACGCCAUCGACAGCCUCCUGUGCGAGACUCCCUCCCUCCUCCCCACCCUCUCCCUCACUCUGGCCCCCAGCGAGGGGCCCCAGGUGCCUGAGAGCCCCGUUGUGGUUCCCCCUGCUGCUGCUGCUGCGGCUGUCACCGCCCCGGCUCAGACCACAGUCAGCAGCCACAACCAGGGCAAAGGCCUCAAGAUUAAAGAGGAGAACAUCAUCCCGCAGAUCAAACUGGAGCCUCAUGAGGUCGACCAGUUUCUCAAUCUUUCACCCAAAGGUCUGGAGUCACUUCAGAUGCCUCCCACUCCUCCCAGUUCCCACGGCAGCGACUCCGAGGGCAGCCAGAGCCCCGUCCACGCCCCGCCGGGCCUCUCCUGCCCCACCUCCCCCACCAGCCCUCCUCCAUCACAGGCCAGCCUGAAGGUGUCGCCUCGCGCUGCUUCCUCCCUGUCCAACUCCCCUCUGCUCACCGCUGCUCAUAAGCUGCAGGGGUCGGGCCCGUUGAUGCUGACCGAGGAGGAGCGCCGUACGCUGGUGGCCGAAGGUUACCCAGUCCCCACCAAACUGCCGCUCACCAAAGCUGAGGAGAAGGCGCUGAAGAAGAUCCGCAGGAAGAUCAAGAAUAAGAUUUCAGCACAGGAGAGUCGCAGGAAGAAGAAAGAGUACAUGGACGCUCUGGAGAAGAAGGUGGAGACGUGCUCCAACGAAAACAACGAGCUGCGCAGGAAAGUGGAAACUCUGGAGUGCACAAACAAUUCAUCAGGAGUGGUCGUGUUGUGUUUUGCUCUGUUUCUGGGGAGCUUCUACCCCAGCAGUUUGACGCCAUGCUCCACCAUCACUGAAACUGGCCUCACUUCCAAACAGCUGGCUGUCAAAGAGUCCUACACAACCACAGUGAGGUCAAGAAGUCUGUUAUCGACCUUCGAGGACGAGCAGCCACACCUCCUCGGCUUGGGCGGGGAAUACCCCGACCAAUGGGAGGACACGCCUGCCGUCGUCAUGGCAGCGUGGCGGCGCUCAGAGCAACAGAAGGCGGCGGAGGAAACAGAAAACAUGGUGGAAACACACCCACCUUUCAGACGUAAAAGCAACGAUACGCAGACAUCAAACAACCUGCUGCUGGACCUGCACAGGUCUCUGGAGCAGAGGACGAAUGAGAGCAGCAGUAAAGUGAUAGCGCUGGAGCGAACGGUCAACGAGACCUCCUGAGGUUCAUGACAACACCCCCCACCCCUCCAUCUCCCCCUCCCACCUCCACCCUUCACCUUUGACCUCCCCCCUGUAGAGCAUGGUUCAGUGUCCUGGAGCAAACCUCAUACAGUAGUUCCCACUGCUGAUUGUUCCAUCUCUGCUUCAUCAGAUACACUGUAGUAGUAACAAUUAAUAAUAAUAAUAAUAUUAAUAAUGAUAUUAAUAACAAAGAGGCACUGGUUGCUUUAAUUUCUGAAGUAAAGUUGCACUGAAUAAUUUUUACCUGAGUCAACUUAUCAGUAGUAUCUGUUGUCCUAAUCAACCCGGCUUGAAUCAUGUUGAGAUCAAUUCAAAUAGAUGUAGUGAAUAAUGCAGUGUGGCAUUUAUUCCAGUAGAACGUAUAUGAAAAUAUGACAUGUGAGGCUCUUUACAGGACACUGACGCAGAACCUUUGUAUUUAUAGAAACCUUUUUUUUGUUUGUUUUUCAUAAAGUUAUUGCUCUUUGUAGUUCUUUAAUAUUAAAUGUUUUUAUUCCAUUCCAUCGAGGCAUACAUCCCGUUUUGAUACUUGUUUGUGUUCAUAUUCUGUUUUGUGUUUUUUUUUAUUUUGUUGUACUCUUUUAUAUAUUGUUAUAUAUUUUCUUCAGCUGACUUAGCAUUUCAAACAUGGAGGGCUUAGUUCGGGGUUCCUGCGCUAAUUUGGAAAUAGUUUAAAAGUUUUCAUUCCUUGAUGUUAAAAAGUUAAACAUUUGGGAUGUUCAUAUAAUGAAUACCGACUUUACUUUUGGUCAAAAGCAUUUUAAGGGGCUAAAUUCUGUCAGGUUGUUGUGUGCAGUCCAGCACCUUAAAUUGAAUAUGCAUCCCAUAAGGUUGUUUUUCCUGUAAGGAGUAGUUAGUCAUUAUAGGAAAUACACUUAUUUGCCUUUUUGGCUGAGAGUAAGAUAAGAUCGACACCACUCUUAGAUUUGUACAAUAAAUAUGAAGCUACAGCCACCAACCAGUUAGCUUUUCAUCACAUGGACAACAUGCUAACAUUAUUAGCAUAAGCCUGUGACAUUUCCCGUUGCAUAAAUUAGCCUAGCAGCUAGCGGUCUUUUUCUCUACUCAAUUGAAGCCGGGAACAAAAGCAACAUUUAACAAAGGUAAUGUUAAAAAAUUCUGAUCCAUUAUAACUCACAAGGUUCACUGACAGGACGGUUGUCUUAUACUUGACAUUUUUCCCCCACAUAUACAACAUGCUAGCAGCUUAGCCUAGCAGGUAGCAGACUUUCUCUACUCAUAUGGAUAUGGGGCUGGGAUAGAUGACACAUAAGACUUAAAACAAUUUAAUCUUUCUUAUCUGUAAAAUAAAUGUUAAAAAAACUUAAUUUGCCUGUGCUGUCGGUACAGCUUAGCAGAAGUGUAAACCUCACUUUAGACAGAGCCAUGCUAGCUGUUUCCCUGUUUCCAGUGUGCUGAGCUAAGCUAACUCACUUCAUAAUUACCAUACAAACACGAGAGUGGUAUCGUUAACUAUUCCUUUAAGAGAAGUGUGAUGGAACCACAGUAUGAACUUUAUGCACUAACUUCAUUUGGCCUUUAAUUUUGCGAUGCUUUUGCCUUAAACACUCUUACUGUCAGCUCCCAGAGUCUUUAUCUGCUCUGAUCUCUCAGCAUUUGCCAAAAACCUUAUUCCCAUUAAUGGAAAAAAAAUCUAUUUUUGUAAAUAUAAGUUGUUAAUAAAUAAGGAAGUCUAAAUGUGUCUGGGAUCUGUAGUUUAUAAUCCAAUCCAUAAUUCAUUCAGAGUCUAUUUUGGAUGUGGUGUUGAUAAAUUAUGAACGAGAGACGCUUCACGGUUUGCCCUGACAUUCUGUUGGGUUUAGUUUAAUUACAGAUGAUGGUUUAAAGUCUUAAUUGUCCUUUUCAAAGUGUAUUACAGAUGUUUUUCUGAGCUUUAUUGAAACAUGGUCUUUCAUGUGUGUUACAGUUUACUCUCUGUACAUCUAGCUGUUGUUAAAACUCGCUAUCAUCUUUUUAAAAAUUGAACUAAAUUACACCCAGAAACAUAAGACAUUGUAUUUUCACCAGAGGAAUGAAUGAACAGAAGUAGAUCCCAGUCCUGUUUAAAGACAACAGUAUUUGUAUAUCUAGGUAUCAUGUUAAGCUUUGUAGUCAAAUCAGUGGCUAGAUCAUCAAAGAUAUUUUGUUAAAUCUGUAUGUUUUAGGCCAAAACUACAUUCCUCACUGCCGAGGGCAAUAGGAAACACAAGAUACUGAGUUUGUUUUGAUUUUUUAAAAGUGGAAACUUCUCCUCUAGUUUAGACUGUAACCAGCAGUCAGUCUAAACUAGAUAUAAGUUUCAUGUUGCUCCUGUGUAAAGCCACUUGUGUCUUUUUUCUUUAAAUGUAUAUAGUAUUUUCCUUAGUAAAAGCAUAUUUUGCAAAGCA